GUCUUCACCUAUGUUGGCUUUCGCAUUGGCGGCUUGGGCUAUGGGCCGCGCUUCCGAUGCCUGAACCCAACGCAUGCCCUCGCCGUGGGGGAUGACAUUGGCUCGCUGAAAGCCGUCGCGUGCCUGCGGAUCUCAGAUGAGGCCGACGACUGGGAAAAGGAGCUGCAAUACCACCCAGGCAUUCUGGAUGGCUGCCUGCAGUCCCAGAGCGCCCUAGGCUGA